AUGCAAACGACAACAACUGUCCUGACGACGGUAGUCAGAAAGUCUGCCGAUGUAGCGUCAAGCUUCAUAUCUUCACAAACUGGCACCCUUACGGCCGCAACAACACUAACGACAACGACGACAUCAUUACAUUCUGCGCCGUCCAAUCUUUUAUUCUCUAAUGUUGCAGCCCAGCCGAAAUCCUCUUCAGCCAGCACGAUCGGGCUUUCAAUUGGUUUGCCCAUCGGAAUAUUUUGUUUUGGGUUACUUGUGCUUUUGUGCUAUUUUUACAUCAAAAGAAACUCGAUGUCCAUUUCUAAUCCGCCCAUGUCAGCGACGAGCCCAGUCGAAGGGGGUCGUAAUAGUAGUAACUGGUUCUCGCGGUUUUUCAGGCAAGAUAAUUCAGGGCAUCGGGAUUCAUAUUCUGGCCCUAAUCAUGAUAUUGAGAAGUAUAACGAUACCCAGUGGACAUCUGGGGAUAACAUGUCUUCUAGGAUCCAGUACAAAAUUUCCAGGCCCAUAAUACCGCAGCAUAUACUUACUCCCAGGAAGACAGUCAAAAAUCCAUUUGGUUGGUCCAAUAAAAACGCUUCGUUAGACCCCAAGGUCAAUGAAAGUGAGGAGGAAAAAUUCGUGGACGCUUUCCUAUACACUAAACCGCCAAACAUUUUUCAUGUUGAAUCCAAGAUGCCCUCAUAUAAUGAUUUGCCCUCUCAAAAAACGGCUUCUUCAAAUAAAAAACCUCCACUGAAAACAGGUGAGAAAUGGAACUAUGAGUCCCCACUCUCUAGAUGGUUCUUGAGAGGUUCUACAUAUUUCAAGGAUUAUGCCUUAUCAAAGACGUCUCUGAAGACUUCGACUCCGGCUCCACAACUGAAGCAAAUGAAAAUGCUUUCCAGGAUAAGCAAGGGCUACUUCAACGAGUUAAACAUCUUACCAGAUGAACGAUCGCCCAUCUUGGAGUACAAUAAUACCACUUUACACGCAGACAGCGGCCUAAAUGACUUAGGUGAUACCACACCGGAUUCACAAGUUACGUCUUACCGCAACGCUAACAUCGACCUAAUCAUGGCAAGACCGAAUUCUGUAAUAUACGGGACUACUGGCCAACAAAUCCUGGAGGUCAACGUCAGUGACAGUCAUAAUGGUAGUAAUUGCAUCGAGAAGCAUGAACUGGUAAUACCCCCAGCAUCAAAACCACACAAGAAAAGAAAGAAGAGAAGACAAAGUAAAAUGUACCAGCAUUUACAACACCUUUCACGUUCCAAACCGUUACCACUAACGCCAAAUUCUAAAUCUAGUGGAGACCCCAGCAUCCAAUUGGGAGGGACGUAUACGGUCAUUCAAGAUUAUGAGCCUAGAUUGACUGACGAGAUAAGCAUCUCAUUGGGUGAGAAAGUUAAGAUUCUAGCUACUCAUACCGAUGGAUGGUGUCUAGUCGAAAAAUGUAACGCACGUAAUAAUUGUGUCCGUGUCAGUGUUGACGACAAAAGGUAUCUGAAUGAAGAUAGAGGUAUUGUACCAGGUGAUUGUCUUCAAGAAUAUGACUGA